AAGUGAGGCUGAGAGGUCUCUCCGCAGACUCUCUCGGACGGCAGAAAGGAGAAACUCUUAAAGAAGUUAAAAGGUGCCGCGUAUGGGAACACGAGUCACGAUGGUCGAUUCCAGCGGGAGAUCCCCCGUGAUCCAGGAGUGGUCCGGCCCGUACCCGGGUCACGGCCUGGACGCCGGCCACGGCCUGGACCCCUCCGACCCGGGCAUGCACGCGGCGGCCGGGUCCCUGAGCCAGAUGGAGAUGCUGCUGGGCUGCCCGGCCCCGGGGCCCCCCCUGAGGGGCUGCGGGGGCGAGGAGCGCCUGGGGGCCGGCACGAUGGCCUACCUGUCCUACAUGCAGCCCUGCAUGGGCGGCUCGGCUGGCUCCGAACACAUGUCCAACCAGCAGCAGGAGUUCUCCCCGUACAUGCUGCCCCCCGGGGCCUGCCGCCUCCCGUCGGGGCUGGGGCCCCCGGGGACCGGCCCGCCCGUGCCCAAGAGGGCCAUCAGCAAGAACAGCGUGGAGUACCGGCUGCGGCGCGAGAGGAACAACAUCGCCGUGCGCAAGAGCCGGGACAAGGCGCGGCGCCGCAUCCUGCUGACCCAGCAGCGGGCCGUCCAGCUGACGGAGGACAACCAGCGCCUCCAGCAGCGCCUGGGCCAGCUGUCCCAGGAGCUGGACACGCUGCGCCACGUCCUGGCCCAGCGCCAUGCCGCCCGGCCGGGGGACGCCGCCGAGGAGGCCUGUCUGUAG